AAACUUUUUAUCUUUUGCAGAUCCAUUCCUUUGCAUUUUAAACGGACUUUUUUGCUUGCAACGCUGAUACGCAGAUUUAGAAAGGAAUCCGCCAGGAUAGAGUAGAACGGAUAGACUUGAACAUUAUAGAAUUGGGUAGAUUGACAAAUUUUUGUUGUGGUUGGAGCAGGGCUAUCGUACAGGAAGAAACGUCAAAGUUGAGCGCCAUGGUUAAAUCUGCAUACUAUUCGCAACUACCCACUAUUCGCUGUCGAGACUGCGGACAAGUUAUUGAUUUUGACCAAGAACAUCAUUGUUACGCUGGAGCGCCAGUUGUGCCGGAAAUUCGUGGAGAACAGCUUCAAAGGAUUAGGAAUCCAAAACCUUAUCCAGCUGAUCCUUAUACCGACCCUUACGCAGCCUCUCCCGACUACCCUCAAGAUCCCUACCCUAAUCCCUCCAGUCGUCAGAAUCCAGGAUACGCCAAUAGUUAUGAAAAGGGGCGAGGCCGAGAACGGGAGUACGAGGACCGAGGCCGGAGCCGUGACGACCGAUGGGCGGACCAGGAGAAUACGUGGGGGAAAACAGACCAAGGCAGACCUCGAGACCCGAAUGUAAGCAGCAAGAGCUCACGUCGUGAUCGGAGCCAGCAUAGGGAUAAAUCGAGAGCUCGUGGGGGAAGUGACCGGGAGCGUCCUCGCGAGCGACGAGCGAAUCCGGAUUUGACAAAUGUGCUGACGAAAGGAUUAGAUAUCCGAGGAGAUGGAACGAACAGCCCCGCAAGCUCUGGGCUGGCAAGCUCCAUAGACGCUGUCAUGGCAGAUCUGAUGAAUGAAAUGGUCGUUACCGAUGAUCGGGACUUACGCGAUGGACGUGGUCGACGGGAAGGGAGAGAGGACAAGGAAGGUAGAACCAGAAAACGCCCUACGUGUGGUGGAUGCAACCGUAAAAUUACGGACCCUUCCACGGCUUUCCAGAUCGACGCCCUUCGUAAAUUCUUCCAUAUCACCUGCUUUCGCUGCUAUGUUUGCAACUCUGCGUUCGAUGAACGAAAUCCAUACAUUCCUUACGAAGGCAGGGCCUACUGCGAGCCGGAUUUUAAUCGUGCUCUCAAGCUUACUUGCGCUGGCUGCAACCAACCGAUAUUCACUCAUGCCGUGUACGCCCUUGGUAAAGCAUGGCAUGAGCAGCAUUUGCGAUGUGCUGCAUGCCGUGAACCAAUACAAGGUAACCCUUUCGAACACGACAACCAGGUUUACUGCUCAGCUGAUUACGCAGCUCUUGUGGCUCCUACCUGCCGUGAAUGUGGAAACGGUAUUCAAGGGGAGACCAUCUGUGCUCUCAACUCCACAUUCCAUAAGGAGUGCUUCGUUUGCAAGAUAUGUAAAGAGCCUUUCCCUGAUAAAAGCUUCUAUGUUCUCGGUGAUGAUCCCCUGUGCCGUUUCCAUUAUCACGAAAGCAACAACUCCCUAUGCGGAACUUGUGAUCAACCGAUAGAAGGUCCAUGUGCAGAGGUCAUGGAAUUUAACAAACGGUACCAUCCCGAAUGCUGGUGCUGUUAUGUCUGCCAGACACCUCUGACCGCCACCUACUACUCAUUUGCGAAUCGUCCAUACUGUGAAAUGGAUAUAAUGAAAGUUUACCGACAAGAGAAGGCAAAUAGGCGACAAACACUGAUACGAAACAUUUGAAAGCGCAUAUGAGCUUUUGUAGAUCUGAUUUGUAUACUUGAAAAAUGGCGAAUGUAAAGUCGGCAUAUAAUUAGGACGUGUCAUAGCGGGAUUCUGUCGGUCCUGGCGGUCAUACAUGAGUGGUGCAUUUCUAUUGUAUGAAACGUUGGCGGGAACUAGAGCAUGUAUUGUAAUUAGAUUAAUGAUAGGAACAGUUCCACA